GUACUCAGCGGUAGUCGAAGAAGGCAAAGGCCGAUGAUGACGAACGUGAAAAAUCUGCUAAAAAUAAACUCAAAAUAUUAAAGCGACAAAAUUAUUUAGGAAGCUGAGGCAGCAACGCAAAUAGCAACCCAAAAUAUCUACUGUGCUGUGUAUUAGCCAAAUAAACAAGCCAUAAACAAAUAGACGCACACAUACCAACAAACAUACAAUUGGCAGACAACAAAAUCUUUGUGUGCACGAUUCGCUCGCCGCCGUCGUUGCUCGUGUGUGGAAUUUUGCAGCAUUCAUUAGUGUUUGUUGUGCCGUGGGACGACAACGACGUCUCCACCAGCUUUGAAUUAAAAGUUCGAAAGAGCGCCAGCAAGAGAGCGCUUAACAAAUAACCUUGGACGGGCAUAAAUAACAAUCGUGUGUGUGUGUGUUUUGUUGCACAGCAGCGUUAGAAGUGGAGCUGUGGAGCUGGAGCUGGAACAGUUGCAGCUGGAGCACGAAGUAGAAGUAGAAAACAUCUGGCCAGAUAAGGGCCAAGAAUUUAUUCCAUUUUCAUUUGCAGUUGCAAAUAAAAGAAGACAAACGCGCACAUAAUACUAUAACUUGUGGAUAGAGAGACAGAGAUAGAAACGAACUGAUUUUUGUAGCCAUCUGCUUAAAUAGGAGCACAGCAACAAGAUGAUUCAUGUGGGCGAAAACACCUGGAACCUGCGCAUUCUGAUCACAGAUCUGCAGGUGGAGAAGACGCUGCGGGUGCGCGGCGAUCAGCACAUUGGCGGCGUCAUGCUGCAACUUGUGGAUCCCGAGAUGCCCAAGGAUUGGUCCGAUCACGCUCUGUGGUGGCCAGCCAGGAAUAUUUGGCUAACACGCACACGCUCCACCUUGGAUCAGGCGGGCGUUCAAUCGGAUUCUUUUCUCUACUUUACGCCCAUGCACAAGACGCUGCGUGUUCAGCUGCCGGAUUUGCGAACGCUCGACUAUCGCGUCAACUUCUCCGCGAAAACAUUUGGCGCCGUCGUGAAUCUGUGCAAAGAUCUGGACAUACGUUACCCUGAGGAGUUGUCGCUCUGCAAACCCGUCGAACAGGAGCACCUCAAGAAGAACUUCUCCAAGCUGCCCUCGAAGCUGAUUCCCGUCGCCGAGGCCAAUGGCAUCGCCUACUUGCAGCCAGCAGCGGACACCAACAGCUUUGUGCCCAUCACGACCGCCUACAAUGGCAGCAACGGCAGUCUGGAUCGCUCCCAGGGACUAAAUGGCAAUAAUUUCCUGUGCGCUCCCGCCUCGCCGUACGGCACAACGCCAAGGCGAGCGGCCACAGCGCCUGGCACGCCCAUCAGCUCGCCCACCGGCACCUGGAAGCACAACAACAGCAGCAGCAACAACGGAUUAGCAUCUGGUGGCUAUGCUGCCUACGAUUCUGGCUCCAGUUACGGCGACUUUCAGGAGAAUCUGGCGGUGUCGCCACGCUCUCCGAGUCCCGAUGUCCGGGCUCGCCUUGUGCGGCCCAAGACGCUGGUGCAGAAGGCACGUUUAAAUGUCGGUUGGCUGGACUCUUCGCUGUCGAUCAUGGAGCAGGGAGUGCGCGAGUAUGAUACGCUGUGUUUGCGCUUCAAGUACUACACGUUCUUCGAUCUGAAUCCCAAGUACGAUCAGGUGCGCAUCAAUCAGCUGUACGAGCAGGCCAAAUGGUCCAUCCUCAACGAGGAGUUGGACUGCACCGAGGAGGAGACUCUGAUGUUCGCUGCGUUGCAGUUCCAGGUGAAUCAUCAGACGGACAAGCAGCCAGCGGGCUUCAAUGCCAGCCAGGAUUUGUCUGGCGCACAAACAAAUGGCGGUGACGAUGACAUUGACUCGGCGCUGAAUGAGCUGCAGAUUACCCUAGAGGGUCCCGGAGGUGGAGGCGAUGCUGGCAACAUAACACGCAUACCCGAGUUGUCCGAUUAUUUGCGCUUCCAGAAGUCACAUCUCUUCACGCUCAAGUCGUCCAAACGCUACUUCUUCACCUAUCGCGAUCUGCAUCUGCAUCUGUACAAAUCGCAGGAGGAAUCCCGACGUGGCGCGCCCAGCAUCAGCAUCAAUCUGCGCGGCUGCGAAGUGACGCCCGAUGUGCACUUGGCACAGGGCAAGUUCGGCAUACGACUCGAGGUGCCGCCCGAGGGACGCAAUGGGCCGAAUAGCGAGUUCUGGGUGCGUUUCGACAACGAGGAGCAAUACGCCAAAUGGAUGGCCGCUUGCCGAUUGGCGGCCAAGGGACGUUCGCUGGCCGACAGCAGCUACGACAGCGAAGUGAGCAGCAUACGUUCGCUGCUGCAGAUGCAGAAACCGGCGCAGGCAGCGCCACUUAACAUAAAUCCACGCACCGUGGAUGCUGUGGAUUAUCUGUCACCCAAGAUGCUGCGCAAACUGUCGAGCAAGGCGGUGCAAAGGAUUCUGGAGGCGCAUGCGAAUGUCCGUCAGCUGCAGCUGAUGGAUGCCAAGUUGAAGUACAUUCAGGCCUGGCAAUCGCUGCCCGACUUUGGGGUCACACUGUUCGUCAUCAAAUUCGAUGGCCACAAGAAGGAGGAGCUGUUGGGUGUGGCGCACAAUCGGAUCAUGCGCAUGGAUCUGAAUACGGGAGAUCACAUCAAGACGUGGCGUUACAACACGAUGAAGGCAUGGAACGUUAACUGGGGCAUCAAGUGCAUGAUGAUUCAAUUCCACGAUGAGAACGUCGUCUUCUCUUGCCUCUCCGCCGACUGCAAGGUGGUGCAUGAGUUCAUCGGCGGCUACAUUUUCAUGUCGAUGCGCUCCAAGGAGAACAAUCAGACGCUUAACGAGGAGAUGUUCCACAAAUUGACGGGCGGCUGGUCGUAAAAAUGCACGGCGAGCACAAAUUUCUGAUUUGUUACCUUCUCUCACUAUUUGUUCGAGGAGAGAAUUCAAAACAAGUGCCAAGCACAAAAACGAAAACAAAACAAAACUAAAAAUUAGAAGCAACAAAGUGUCGCAUGUUUUCAAAUGGUAACAGCAUUAAUUGAUUUGUGUGCGUGUGUAUCUGUGUCAGUGUGUAAAUGUUAAAAUAGGCAAUAGUGUGUCAUGCUAUUGUUGUCAACGUUAAUAUCUAGACUAAUAUAUAUGUAAUACUUUGUAAUACAACCCACGUUGUGCCUUCUAUACAAUCUUUUAACCCCCAAGUCAAGACGCAUUUUGUCGCAUGUCCAAAAAAAAGUGUGCCUACUAAAACUAAAACAA